AUGGCUUCUCAGUCCCUCCCAUAUGUUGCCCCCGGCAAUGGAACUAGCCGUGGAGCUGGGCAGGAUCGACCUACUCUGCUUUUGCUCGAAUGCAAGAAUUACCUCAAAGCAGAACGACGCAGCUCACGUCUUCUGGUCACUGCAAUCGAAUCACGCCACGAAGACGCUGCAAUCGAGCUGAUCAAAUGGGGUCUGCCACUCUCGGGCACGGACCAAGGAGACUACACGCCUCUGAUGCGCGCCGCCGAAGCCGGCCAAGCCCGUGUCGUGCGAGUUCUUAUCGAACGAGGCGUAAAUAUAGAAACCAAGGCCUCGACCAAGGAAACAGCCAUGAGCCUCGCGGUCACUCGCAACCGUCCCGAAGUCGUUCGAUGUCUUGUGGCUGCCAAGGCAGAUUCCCGUAAUCGAGAUCACCCGGAUGGGUUUGAGCAGCGCGACAUAAUGCACAAUCUGUUUACCCACGCCAUCUUGAGCAAUCACGGAGAUGUCGUCCGUGCCCUCGCGCCGCUGUUUGACGUCAACGAGGCUAACCUGGGUGGCAUGCGCACGCUAUUGCAUGUCGCGGCGAAGAAAGGUUAUGUGAAAGUUGUCCGCAACUGCUGA